AUGGACUUGCUAGAGCUGGAGUUCAGUGCAUUUCUCAUUUUCCCUUCAUCGAAAAAGCAAAGCCAUUCCAGCUCCAACAUUGCGUCUUCCAUGCUUUAUCUCCUCGGUUCGACUGCCGCCCUUGCGAUCGGUGCUGCUAUUGCAUUCGGUGGCCCGGUCCCCGAUGGUAGGUGGCCAAUUAGUCAAGGCCAUAUCACUUUUGGUGAUGUCUACGUCGUGAGAUCGGGUCAAGUUUUUGACGGCGGUAUGAAGACGUACGACCGCUCGGACAUCACAUGCCUCGGAAAUACCGAAAGCAACUUAUCCACGGCUGUCUUCGAGGUCGAACCUGGUGCCACGCUCAAGAACGUCAUUAUCGGUCCAAACCAAAUGGAGGGUGUCCAUUGCGAGAUGUCGGACUGCACGAUCGACAACGUGUGGUGGGACGACGUAUGUGAGGAUGCUCUAAGUAUCAAGGGUGGAAACCCCUCCAGUGUGUCCAGGGUUAUUGGGGGCGGGGCUCGCUAUGCUGACGACAAGGUGAUCCAACACAACGGAUACGGUACAGUUGUUGUCGAUGGCUUCUACGCACAGGACUUCGGUAAGCUGUACCGCUCGUGCGGUAACUGCAAGAGCAACCCUCGUCAGCGCUUCCUCAACAUGAGCAACAUUUACGUGGACCUUGCGGUUAUUAAAAGUGACCGCGCUGGCAAAAACGUAAGCGUUGUCAUGAUGAACGGGAACUUUGGGGAUGAAGCUGUGCUUCACAACAUUUACGUGAAGCCUACUAUGGCCAGAUUCACGGAGUGUGCCUCUUCUUAUGGAGUGAACCAAAGCGGGGCGAAACCUGUAGUUCUGAGUAACGGCCCCAAUAUGCCGGUGUGCCAGUACACCUACGACGACGUCCACCUUAUCCAGAGCAAGCACAAGGAGGGACAGCACGAACGGCAAGAACAGGACGUCCAGCGUGAAAAACUGUGUGUGUUCUAA